CUUAAAUUAACAAGUUGCCAACUUCGCGAUAUACCGCCACCAUCUCUCUUUUGCUUUGACAUUUCGUUCAAGUAAACGUUUAUUUUACGGCACUACACGUUUCGUGUCAUAAGACUUAAAAAUGCGUUACGUGGCCGCGUAUUUGUUAGCCGUUUUGGGCGGUAAGGCGUCACCAGCCGCAGCUGAUAUCGAAAAGAUCCUCAGCUCAGUCGGUAUCGAAGCUGACUCCGAGAAACUGAAGAAUGUUAUCUCGAAGUUGGAAGGCAAGACAGUCGAUGACUUGAUCGCUGAAGGGCGUGAGAAGCUCUCUUCGAUGCCGGCUGGUGGUGCAGCGCCGGCCGCUGCUGCAGCUGCUGCCCCUGCUGCUGCUGCUGAGGACAAGAAAGAAGAGAAAGAGGCAAAGAAGGAAGAAUCUGAAUCUGAGGAUGAGGACAUGGGCUUCGGUCUCUUUGACUAGAUACAACCAACAGCUGACGCGGAGUACGCGGUUUUUAUUCCAAUUUUUGGUAUAAGAGUAACAGUGAGAAUGUUUCUAUGAAAUAUAUCUUGCUAACAUA